ACUCUCCGACCCGGCGUCGUCGCCAGUUAUCGGCGAACCGCGAUUCGAUCCUCGUCGUUUCGAGCCGCGCUAGCGACGAGAUGUAAACGCGACUCGACAAAGUUUUCUCGUACACGACGUUGCUCUCGUAAACGUGGCGUGUCGGCUAUACACGCGUGUUCACUCGUUACACAGGACCAUAUUUUCUCGUGGUGCGAACGAAAACCCUUGGAUUUCGAGGCGUCUCGAUAUUAUUAUAAAAUAUACUCAUCGCGAAAGGUGUUGUGUGUGCUACGAUCAUUUCUAUUCAUUUUCUUUUUCUUUUUCUUUUGGAGCAAACUUGUUGUCUUUGGUUUUAUUCGGUGGUGACAUUUAGGACAUCGAGGUGUACGAUUCGAAAGGAGCGUGUGGUGGACGACGGUGGGAAGCACGAACUGCAGUUAGAAAUAAAGGAUAGCAUGGUGUGUUAUGGCUCCUUGCGUAUUGCAGCUGUCUGUCAUAAUUGCUGAAGUUGCACCGAGAGCAACGUUUCGAAACGGAAGAAACCAAUGAACGUUGAUCUCUUCGUAACACGAUCCUAACCUCAAAAAUGUUCGCCUGGACGAGCGACUAACCACCCUGUGGAACAGUUCAUCAGUUUGAGUGUAAAAUGCGGUGAUUUCAGGGAGGACGCGACAUCUGGAGAAAACUAGAGUGCAGUGCUACAAGCGAUUCGAAGAUGAAGUGGCCAUUAGUGCUGACUUGCUUUCUGCUGCCGCAUUCGUGCAUCCUCGGUGCAUCGCAUGCCUGUUGCGAGUUUCCGGCGCAGUGGAACGGCCAUUGGUUUCAAUCGGGGAUCGAGGGGCUAGUGACUGUGAACGGGUCCAUGAUGACCAGCAAGGGCCGCUGCAUCGAGACCAAAGACGACAAGUUCCUCAUUCAGGACACAGAGAUAGAUUGCUAUAGAUGCAUCGUCAUGCACAUGAAGCAUCCGAAUGUUCUUCAGUAUAAAGAAACCUAUUGCAUCACAGCGUCGCCAAAACCUACUUUGCCAUUCAUAUGCAGCGAGUUGAGAAGCGAUGCCAUAUUAAUUUCCCUAUUUCGCACGGGGGCAGCUCCGAUGCCCUGUCCAUUUAAGGGGCCCCUAGAAUUCACGUAUAGUCAUGGCGAAGGGGAGUGUAAGUCGCCGUUAUCAGCAGCAGAAACCUGCACUCAAGAAUCGCGAUUGCUUUUCCGCUACCAGGCGUGUGCCAAUGUGCUGUCCUCUGAAAGCGUCGAUGUGGAACUAGAGUGCCUAGCCACGUGGAAGGAAAGCAGCACGCACAAUCUAGUGGCGAGGUUGCACGCUCCGCGGAAAACUAGCGACGAGGACAGCUAUAGAUGCUUCAUCUAUGAACAAACUUCGAACAAUUCGUGGAAUUUGGCGCAAAGUGAGGAUGCCUCUUGUACUGGCUUGAUCAGCGUUAAGGAGGCUGCCAAGACGUUCAAGAUGAAACAGAAAAAUUCAACUGAACGUUGCUCCUAUCCAUCAUGGGUGGUGGACAAUAAAUUGUGGGUGGCUCUGGAUCCGAUAGCAUCUCGACUACAGGCGUCGCCUUACAAUCUGACGAUUGUAAAUCGACAGGAGACUCGUCUCGUGUGUCACUCCGUAGUCCCUCUUAACGAUCGUCAUGAGCAUCCUGACAGAGAGAAUCAGGUGCAGUACGUCGCCAAGGCUACUCUCGAUUGCACGAACGGCUAUGUGUGCCUGAUGUUUCACAGAAGGGAUAGCCACAUAAUAGAAUUGCAACUGUCGGAAUGGAGCCAGCAGCCCGACGACGUGUGCAACUCGAGUACGUUCAACUCCCACUCGACGCCGUACACGACGUUCAUUACACCAGACCCAAUUACCAAGCAGUGCCCCAACCUUGGCCGCUACAAAAUUGUGUCUGUGCUACACAAUCACAAUGGCGACAAAGCGGAGGACAUAUUGGGCGUGGAUGGUGAACCAAUGGUCAACGCUGCUGAGGUUCAAGAUGUCAGGGUCACGUCGACACCUUAUCCAGGACGGUGUCGCUAUCGACUAGAUAUCGGUUGCAAGACGCCGGAUCGUAUGGAGUUUGCUACAUCGUGCAACGACGAAACACCACCAGAAUAUUCGUGCCAUGGAACUUGGAUCGAGAACGACACAGCCUAUUUGGUGGCGAGCACCGAGAAAGGAAGAUACUGUCUCGUUUACAGUGCUUCUGCAGCGGCGACAGGAAGUCGCGAGCUCUCGGUGACGGGCCAUCUUGCUUCCUGUCCGAGGGCUUCUCAUCGUCAUGUAGUUUCAUGGCAGGUCAACCUCACGUCGUAUGCGCAAUGCGGCGACAUCUCGACGGCCACGUCGUGGACCUUCCGGAUUUCCGCCUCGGUUUACAUCCUGGCAGUGCUGGGCACCUUGUUCGGCAGAUACAUCGCGAGGUGAUACCACUGAGUGAAGGAACUAGGCCACGUGACGGCUGUGUAGUACCAACCUACUACACAAAACUCGAGUCGUCGGUACAGCAACUACAAACAGCAACAACAAAAAGAAAAAAAAUCUCUAUAUAUAUAAAUAUAAAUAUAAAUAUAUAAAUACAAAGUAAAAAAAUAUAUAUAUAUAAAUACAAAGUAUAUAUAUAUAUAUUAAGCGGAACGAUUUACGAACGAAGGAAUGAACACGGAAUGCGUGUCGGGAGAAAGUAACCUAAAUGAUCAAGCGUAAAUAGCGUGUAAGUGUCCGUGGGUGCGAGUCGUGCAGAGAAGAAGGCGCGACAGAAAAAAUGAGAUAGGAGAGGAGAGAAAAAGAAGCUUGUUAGAGAACCUAGUCGUUGCUUGGAACAUGGCGGAUCCUUGGAUCAAACCUUCGAUGUACAUACAGAUAUGUGUACAUGUAUAUAAAAUUCACUUAAGGAAGCUUCGGUUUUAUUGGAGUAGUUGCUUCGGAAAGUAUUGUCUUCUUUUAAGAGUCAGGGAGAACCGAACCCUUCUGCAAACGAACAUGUUUUCUUUAUAUGGCCGAAUUGGGUGAUGGGAUCUUGGGAGGUUUUCAGAGCAAUUGUUUUUGACCGAAUUUGCGUCUUGCUUCUCUUUUGUAAACUUUUCUUCUUUUGUUUCUCUAGGACUGGACUAUCUACGUUCUCUUAUUCUUCGAUUAGUGGAAAUGUUGUUAAGCGUGUUUUUUCUAGAUUAUUUUCCUAUCCGUAGAUGGGUAAAAUUAUUAAUUAUUGUCCACUAGUAUAAUUUCUUUUUUAAACUACAUAAUAUUCGAAUUUCAAUGUAUUUCAAUUUUUUCAAAUUUUUCCAAAUAUUUCACUCCGGUUGAUUUUUCGAUUUCCCUAGCAAUAUCGAAAUACACGCAAAACUUUCGAACUCCAAAAAUCUCGAUUGCUAAAUUUCCCAAGCAACCCGAUUCCCGCAAUUAACCUCGCUAAUUAGGAACCUCCCUGGCCGAAUGCAACGUGCAACGCAUCACGCGAAUCCAAUUUUAAAAAAAAGCACGAACGGCAAAAACGCCGAAAAAGGACAAAAAAGAAUUGCAAAAAAUCCUAACCGCUAAAAUAAUCGAAAAAAAAAACGAGAACUAAAGGGUGCUGGGGCCAAUAUUGUGUGCGUUCUGAGUGGUGAUACUAGCCCACGUGUUUGUGAGUGAGAAAGAACCAGAUAGCAAAACGAAGAUCUGAGAAAAUAAAAAAGAGAAAAAUAAAAAAAAAAAAGAAACGAGAGAAAACA